AUGCAUAUGCGAAAGCACAACGGUGAAAAACCGUUCCGAUGCGAGAUUUGUAUGAUGCGUUUUACACAGAAAGGAAGUUUGAAGACUAUGAGUGCAACAACAAUGGACUGGAGACACGAAAUGCACCAAAUGCUUUCGGAAUUUGAACGUCAAACAACGGUUUCUUUGGGAAAAAUCGAAAUGGCGUUCAAAUACAGUGGCUUAUCGCUCAAUGAUCACUUCAAGCAAUAUUUCAUGCGGGCCUCAAACAACCGUAUCGAGGAAACUUAUGAUCAGUUUGAAAUCAAUUCAAUGUUGAAAGACCGGGUCCAAUUUGAUGUACAUCAGAACAUGAUGAGAACUAAUGGUCCGGUCGAAGUCAUCGACUCAAGCGCCGAAGAAGAUCAGACAGGAAAUCCGGUCGAAUUGGAAUCACCAGAAACGGUAUUCGGCAUUCAAAGCGAUGGUUAUGACAAACCACCCGAAUUAAAUGAUGAUUUUGAGACGGAAUAUGAUCGAAACACCGAUGACGUGCCAAACAUGAACCCGAAAAGUAUCAACUGGCAGAAGAACAAACAAAAUUGCAUCGAGAAAGAAAUUGACAACGUGAUGAAAGCAGGAGAAGAGAUAGACGAUGUAAUUCCAUCAACUGCCUUCAAUGGACACCGCAUUCAAGACAUCAGACAUGAAUGCACAAUCACAUCCAACAACGGCACCGAAAGUAAUCAUAAAGCGGUAACAUUCGAUAACCGCAAGACGGGAGUUUCUUCCAGGUUGCCAAGAGCAGAAGCUGAAUCGACUCCAGAAUCACUGACGAAGAAAAAGCCGGCAAACCAGUUGAAGAUCCAGAAGCGAUUCCACUGCAAAGUUUGUGAAUAUUCCAGCAAUCGCAAGUGGAAUUUCAAUGUACACAUGCGUACACAUAGUGGCGUAAAGCAAUAUCGAUGUGAUAUUUGCCCCAAAGCAUUCACAAGUAUGCAGAACCUGAAGAACCACAAAAUGGCUCAUACCGAACAAGUUCCCUUUCAUUGCCGAGGAUGUCUCAGUGGAUUUCCGCAGAAGGCCGGAAGAGAUGCCCAUGAAAAAGUGUGCAAAAAACGUCGAUAUGAAUGCCAUAUCUGCAAGAAGUUCAACAAUUUGAAUAAAAAUCACUUGGAAAUGCAUAUGCGGAAGCAUAACAGCGAAAAACCUUUUCGAUGCGAGAUUUGUAUGAAGCGUUUUACAAAAAAAUAUGGCCUGAAAAGACAUUUGAACACCAUCCACCCAGAAUAA